UUACUGACUUUCAUACAUAUAUUUUUUUUUUGUUUUCUUUUUUGAUGCACAUUUGAAAAAUCGUUUCUAAGUGUGUUUCCAGCAUUGAUGUCUCUUGGGUCAUUUGUUCAGCUAUUUCCAUCUCUCGUUGACUUACCAAGCCUUUUUUUAUUCAAUGGCAACUGAGUAGUGACUAGUAACACAAGUAAUCUCAGUCAACAACAAGAGCGUGAUUCUUUGGAGGAUGACAUGGGCAUGGAGAUAGAAGGUAAUGGGCAUGCUUGCAUAUCUUCAACCUGAUCUGGAUGCAGAUCUCGUCUUGCCUUCGACACCAGUUGGCAGAGUCAAUUACCAGGAUAAAACUGCGUUUCUGUUUCUUUUUUUCCCAUCACUGCUACUUGUGUUAAGGUCGUGGUUAUGGGGUGGAUUGCCUGUUCAGCUUUACCAGGCAUGGUUGUUAAUUCUCUACACAGGUUUGGCUUUGCGAGAGAACAUACUUAGAGUGAAUGGAAGUGAUAUUCGCCCAUGGUGGAUAAAACAUCACUACUUCGCUAUGGCCAUGGCACUUAUCAGUCUCACUUGGGAGAUAGAAAGAGAACCUGAUUGUUCCCAGAAGCAAAGAGGGGUGCAACUGUUCCUUCAAUGGGCUAUCAUGCAAGGAGUUGCAAUGCUUCUACAAAAUAGAUAUCAACGGCAAAGGCUUUGUACACAUAUUGCACUCGGCAAGGCUAGGAGAAUGGACGUUGUUUGGGGAGAAACUGCUGGAGUUGACGGUCAACUAUGGUUGUUGGCACCCAUUCUAUUCAUAUUACAGGGUUUUGAAGCAUAUGUCAGAAUUUUGCUACUUAAAGUUGCACUGGCUGGUGUUGUUUCUGAGUGGCAAGUUGUUACUUGUGGGGUGCUACUGAUUGUUAUGGCAGUUGGGAAUUUUGCAAACACAGUGCAGACACUAGUGGCAAAAUCUCGGUUUAAAGCGAAAAUGAAGAAAACUAAAUGUAAGGUAGAACUAAAUUAGGGAUCCCAUCCCAUUCCUUAUAAUUUGUGACCGGGAAGACUGUUGUGCUAGUUGAGUUCGAGGAUAUGAGAAUUUCUUUCGCAACCCGUUAUUCCUUGUAUCAACCUUCUCACCUUUAUACGCUUAGACUAGUGAUGAUGUUUGUGAGAGUGACCUUUAAUUGCAUCAAAUAGAGCUAUAAUUUGGUUGUUACAGUUGUGCCAAUAGUCUAUUAUACCUAUUAUUUUGUGUAAUUUGUCUUUUUGUGAAUUAAGUAGACACAUUAUACCGUUACCCUUCCA